CUGCUCAUGGCUGUUCCUGUCUCGUCUUGUGUUUUUACAUUAAACUGUGCGCCCUGAUUUGAAUACUUCUGGCAUUAAUAGUAACAACACUGUGUUCGCAUCACAUUAGUAUGGCGUGCUCACUGCGACUGGAUUCAGUGGCGUUUUCUAAGCGGGGCAGUGUCAUGGCUGCUGAAGACAAAUCCACCUCCUCCUCGUCCACGCUGGACUGGAACGUCGAGCCGCCCCUGUCACCUGCCAGUCCCUCCCAUCUGACUCACUUCAAGCCCCUCACCCCUGAUCAGGAUGAGCCCCCUCUGCGCUCUGCCUACAGCUCCUUAGUGAGCCUCUUCCGCUUCAACAAAGAAAAGUCAGGUGCAAACAUUGCACCAGCAAAAAAGCUUGAUGAAGGGCGGCCUACUUCCACGGCUGAGAAAACCGAAUCAGCUGAAGCAUCACCACAGGGCGAGCGCCGGAACUGGUCCAGCCCCACCCUCUCUGCUCUUGGCUCUGCCACACACAGGAAACAUUCAGACCUGAUCAGGAGAACAUCCACUGCAUCAGUGGAAUGGGAAGAGGGGCGGCGGAAGUCAGAAACUCCUCUCAGUAGCCAUGACCCUCGGACGGCGGUCCAACUUCGUACUGCUCUAAAGAGAUUAAAAGAGAUCAUGGAGGGAAAGAGCCAGGACAGCGAUCUGAAGCAGUACUGGAUGCCAGACAGCCAGUGUAAGGAGUGCUACGACUGUAAUGAGAAGUUCACCACCUUUCGCAGGCGCCACCACUGCCGCCUAUGUGGCCAGAUCUUCUGCAGCCGCUGCUGUAACCAGGAGAUCCCCGGCAAGUUCAUGGGCUACACGGGUGAUUUGCGGGCAUGUACAUACUGUCGAAAGAUUGCUCUGAGUUAUGCUCACUCAGCUGACUCGGGCUGUAUUGGAGAGGAUCUGACAGCUCUGUCUGACUCUCCCUGCUCUGUGUGCAUUCUGGAGCCCACCGAACCUCGCACACCUGUUAGUGGACGCAAGGCCAGCCGCAACAUCUUCCUGGAAGAGGACCUCGCCUGGCAAAGAAAAACUCCCAUUGGGAUGAGGAAGAAUUUGAUCCAUCAGGAGUCACAAAAUAGUGGCCUCGGUUCCAGAUUGUCUGCUGUGCAAGAAGAUUUGGGCAAGUCACCAGCAAGAAAGAGGUCAGCUAGUGUGACCAACUUAUCUUUGGAUCGUUCAGGCUCUAUGGUUCCCUCCUACGAGAGCUCUGUGAGCCCCCAGACCAGCCGAGUUGUGGCUAAGGCUGACCACAGUGAAGAGGAGCGCAAGAUCCUCCUGGAUUCAUCUCAGUUGAAAGACUUAUGGAAGAAAAUUUGUCACAGUAAUACUGGGAUGGAGUUCCAAGACCACCGCUACUGGCUGCGAACUUACCCCAACUGCAUUGUGGGUAAAGAGCUAGUAAACUGGCUCUUACGAAAUGGUACUAUCUCUACUAGGGCUCAAGCCAUUGCUAUUGGUCAGGCACUGGUUGAUGGACGCUGGCUCGACUGUGUUACUCACCAUGAUCAGAUUUUCCGUGAUGAGUAUGCUCUGUAUCGUCCUCUUCAGAGCACAGAGUUUUCGGAGACUCCGUCUCCAGACAGUGACAGUGUGAACUCCCUGGAGGGCCACUCUGAACCAUCGUGGUUCAAAGACAUCAAGUUUGAUGAUAGUGACACCGAACAGCUAGCUGAUGAGAGUGACUACAUAACACCAAAUUCAGCCAGCCCCAGUAAAAGAACAUCGGUUAGCAGUUUCCAGUCUGCAGUGGACAGCGACUCUGCUGCUUCCAUUAACCUGAAUGUGGAGCAGGACAAUGUCAACUUCCACAUCAAGAAGCAGGCCAAGUACCCUCACGUGCCUCCCCACCCAGCCGAACAGAAAAGUAUGGAGCACCCUGACCCAUUUGCCCCCGACCCAGACUUCCAGGCACCAACUGAAUUCCUGGUCACAGAAGAUGGAGGUCAGAAUAUAUCAAUCAGUGAUGCUUUCAUCAAAGAGUCUCUGUUUAAUCGUCGUGUAGAGGAGAAGGCUAAGGAGAUGCUGUUCACUCCACUGGGUUGGCACCACAGUUCCUUGGACCAACUGAGAGAGGAGAAUGGGGAGAAAAAAGCUAUGGAGAGACUUCUAUCUGCCAACCACAGCCAUAUGAUGGCCCUGCUGCAGCAGCUGCUCUACAGCGAGUCGCUGUCUCUCUCUUGGCGGGACAUCAUCGUGCCAGUGGUGCGGCAGGUGGUGCAGACAGUGCGGCCAGAUGUUCGCAGCUGUGAUGAUGACAUGGACAUCCGCCAGCUCGUCCACAUCAAGAAGAUACCAGGAGGAAAGAAGUUUGACUCUGUAGUGGUGAAUGGCUUUGUUUGCACUAAAAACAUUGCUCACAAAAAGAUGAACUCUUACAUCAAGAACCCCAAAAUCCUUCUACUGAAGUGUUCCAUUGAGUAUCUUUACAGAGAAGAAACCAAGUUCACCUGCAUUGAUCCAAUUGUGCUGCAGGAACGAGAGUUUCUGAAGAACUACGUGCAGCGGAUAGCUGACGUUCGACCUAAUCUGGUGCUGGUGGAGAAGACGGUGUCGCGCAUUGCUCAGGACAUGCUGCUGGAGCAUGGCAUCACCCUGGUCAUCAAUGUCAAACCUCAAGUGCUGGACCGAGUGAGUCGAAUGACUCAGGGUGAUUUAGUGAUGUCUAUGGACCAGCUGUUGACCAAACCUCGCUUGGGGACCUGCCACAAAUUCUACCUUCAUUCCUUCCAACUUCCCCACAAUGAGAUCAAGACCCUGAUGUUCUUCGAGGGCUGUCCUCCUCAGCUAGGCUGCACAAUUAAGCUCCGUGGUGCCUCGGAGUACGAGCUAGCCCGAGUGAAGGAGAUCAUUACAAUGAUGGUCUGUGUAGCUUACCACUCACAACUGGAAAUCUCCUUCCUUAUGGAUGAGUUUGCCAUGCCUCCAAGCCUGUCUAAGAGCACCUCUUUCCCUUGCCUGCUGGAGAGCACUGUCAGGGAAGAGGAGCAGGAGGCGGAGAGGGAGAGCCAGGGCAAUGGAGCUAGUGUAGAAGAGGAUAACCUAGAGCUCCCUUCAGAAAGUGACUUUGAGCCAGGCUUCCAGGAUGUCAUAAAAGGCCACAGUAGGCAGCCAUCUGUCUCAGAAUCCUCAGUGAAAGAUGGAGAAAGCCCUAAAGUGAGUAGAAACAACUCCUCCUCAUCUUUGCUUGGAGGAGAGGCUGAGGAGGUAAAGACGUCCACCCCAGUGUCUUGUCCCGUGAGUCAGCGACCAUCUGUAUCUCCUCCUUACCUCAUUGCAGACUUGGAAGAGAUUGCAGAAGAGGAGGUGAAAGAACCAUUGGAUGCAGAAGGAAAUGGACAGGAAGAGGGUACCAUGGUGCAAGGGGUCCGUGCUGAUUCUGAAACCUCGCUGCCUCCAGCGCAACUCUUCAGGGAUCCGCUGCAGGACGACACUGGCCUCUUUGUGGCUGAGCAAGUGACCUCAGCAGACGAUCGCCUCAAGUCUAUCUCAGCCUGCUUCAAGCAGGAGCUGAAGGACAUUAUCCUUUGCAUUUCACCCUUCAUCACCUUCCGUGAGCCCUUCCUGCUGACACCGGCUGGCCUGCGCUGCCCUAGUCGUGACUAUUUCCCAGAGCAGGUCUACCUGUCGCCGCUCCUCAACAAAGACUUCAGGGAGCUGGACGGCCGGCGCAAGAAGCUCCUGCUCAAAGACUUGGCACCACCUGCCUGUUCUCUGAGCAACGGGACAGGUCCCCCGCAGCGUCCUGCUCAAGUGCUGCCUUCUCAUAAGCUAACUACAACACGCAUCGUGGAACAGCUGAGCAGCAGUCAGGAACUGGCCCGCAUGCUUGCCGACUACCGUGCCCAAGGAGGACGCAUCCGUCAGCGUGAUGUCGACCCCUUCGCCAGUCCCCCACCCACAAAGGCAUCUGUGAAGGCGGACAGUGAGGAGGAGAAAGGGUCAGGACAAAACGAAAUGGCUUGGGCCACAAAGCUGGAUUGCUUGACUCCAAAAAAUCAUCAACGACUUUGCGUGCUGUUCAGCAGCUCCUCUACACAGUCUCACAAUGCUCCAAACCACUGUGUCAGUCCUUGGAUUGUGACAAUGGAAUUUUAUGGAAAGAAUGACUUGACGCUCGGCAUAUUUCUGGAAAGAUACUGUUUCAGGCCCUCUUAUCAGUGUCCCAGCAUGUAUUGUGAGACUCCCAUGGUCCACCAUAUCCGGCGUUUUGUGCAUGGAAACGGCUGUGUCCAGAUCGUUCUGAAAGAACUUGAUUCCCCUGUACCUGGAUACCAGCACACUAUCCUCAAUUAUUCCUGGUGCCGAAACUGUAAACAGGCGACACCAGUGGUCCCCUUAUCCAAUGACUCAUGGUCCAUGUCCUUCGCCAAGUAUCUGGAGCUGCGUUUUUAUGGCCACCAGUACACUCGCCGUGCCAACGCUGAGCCCUGUGGCCACUCCAUUCACAAAGAUUACCACCAGUAUUUCUCUUACAACCAGAUGGUGGCCUCCUUCAGCUAUAUCCCAGUGAGACUGUUUGAGAUAUGCUUGCCUCCUCCUAAAAUCUUCAUCAGAAACCAAGGCCCCUGCAAGACCGGCCUACAACAGGACCUCAAAGAUUUCUCUCAGAAGGUGGCUCAGGUUUAUGCAGCUGUAGACGACCGUCUCACCUCCCUAAAAACAGACACCUUCAGCAAAACUCGCGAGGAGAAAAUGGAGGACCUGUUUGCACAGAAAGAUAUGGAGGAGGCUGAGUUGCGCAGCUGGAUAGAGAAGCUGCAGGCGCGUAUACAGGCCACUGGGGUGGACACUCCCCAGCAGCUACAGGCUGUUCUGGAGUCUGUGGUGAUAAAGAAGCAGAGCCUGUGUGAGACACUGCAGUCCUGGAACAGCAAAUUACAGGAUCUGUUCCAGCUGGAGAAAGGCAGGAAGCGAUUGUCUGUACCACCCAGCCCUGGCAGACACCGACAGACCACCAAUGAUGACAGCAAGACAAGUGUUCUUGAGUCCUCACCUCGCAAUCCCUCCCCUGUUGUACAGAAUGGUGAGAAGGUGCCAGAAGACCGACAUCUCACCACGAUGCCUUCAGGCUCUGGGUCAUCCUCCUUACUGCAGCUUCCAUCACCAGCAGAGCAGGGCUCGGAGCUCCUCACAUCUGGACCUACCUUUCCUGACCAGGACUCAGUCAGCAUUCCUGAAGAUGUGUUUGAUGGACACUUACUUGGUUCCAAUGACAGUCAAGUGAAGGAGAAGACCACCAUGAAAACCAUACUGGCCAAUUUGUUACCAGGGAACAGUUAUAACCCCAUUCCUUUCCCUUUUGACCCAGACAAGCACUAUCUGAUGUAUGAGCAUGAGCGUGUCCCUAUUGCAGUUUGUGAGAGGGAGCCCAGCUCCAUCAUUGCCUUUGCUCUCAGCUGUAAAGAAUAUAAAAAUGCCCUUGAAGAGCUCGCGAAGACCAUGCUUAAGGCUUCUGGAGAGGACGCAUCCCAGAGCGUCAGUUCUGGAGAGAGCAGAGUGAGGAACAGUCCAGCCAAGGCCAGUGAGGGCAGCACCUCUCAGCUGGGACGCAGCAGUGUGGACUUGGACCCCCUCAAGGAGCCCGAGAGUGGUGACAAACAGAAGAAGCAGACUGGGAAUCCACACAUUGAACUGCAGUUCUCUGACGCCAGUGCUAAGUUCUACUGCCGCAUCUACUAUGCAGAGGAGUUCCAUAAGAUGCGGGAGGAGGUAAUGGAGAGCACAGAGGAAGAAUUUGUACGUUCUCUCUCUCACUGUGUCAACUGGCAGGCACGAGGUGGCAAGUCCGGAGCCGUCUUCUAUGCUACUGAAGAUGAUCGGUUUAUUCUAAAGCAGAUGCCAAGGCUAGAGGUGCAGUCCUUCCUGGACUUUGCCCCGAACUACUUCACUUACAUCACCGGUGCGGUCCAGCAGAAGAGGCCUACAGCACUUGCUAAGAUCCUGGGAGUCUACCGUAUCGGCUACAAAAACUCCCAGAACAACACUGAGAAGAAGCUAGAUCUGCUAGUAAUGGAGAAUCUCUUCUACGGACGCAAGAUGGCACAGGUGUUUGACCUGAAGGGCUCUCUAAGAAACCGGAAUGUAAAGACAGAUCAAGGUAAGGAGAGCUGUGAAGUGGUGCUGCUGGACGAGAACCUGCUGAAGCUGGUGCACGACAACCCGCUCUACAUCCGCUCUCACUGCAAGGCCAUUCUGCGUGCUGCCAUCCACAGCGACGCUUACUUCCUCUCUAGCCACCUCAUCAUCGACUACUCGCUGCUGGUGGGCCGUGAUGACGCCACUGACCAGCUGGUUGUGGGCAUCAUCGAUUACAUCCGGACAUUCACAUGGGACAAAAAACUGGAGAUGGUGGUCAAGUCCACAGGAAUACUUGGAGGGCAAGGUAAAAUGCCCACAGUGGUGUCUCCAGAGUUGUACCGCGCACGCUUCUGUGAGGCCAUGGACAAAUACUUCCUCAUGGUCCCUGACCACUGGACAGGCCUCGGGGUGAACUGUUGAGGACUAGCUGCUACUGUUCAGACCACAAUGACUUCACACUGACACGGAAAGCAUUUUAAAGCACACUGGGUUCAUUCAGGACUGGCGAGGACCUUGUAAAGGAAGGAACACCGGUGUACAUUCCACUGUUGAAAGUAGUGAGAUUUUAAUUCAUAUGUACAUGCGAACACAGCAGGUGACUUCCCCCUGCCAUGCUGUGUAUGUUUCAGUUUACUUGAAGUGCCAAUACAAAAGGUCAUUGGGUUUUUUAGUAAGACCCACAAAGAUUAUCGCACUGAGACAAAGUAACAUGCUAGAUUCCUAUAAUGGUGUUUACGUAUUUAUAUAUUAAUAAUCGGAACUAUGGACGAUGUAAAAGUUUCUCAUAAAUGUACAGAGAUUAUGUAAUUAAAGAUUAUUAACACUGUUUUGUCUCUUUGUACAUUACAUACACAUUACUUUUCAUAUUAGCAGUUUUGUAUUGCAGCUUUUAGUAGCUUGAAUGUAUUUUCGUCUAAACCAAUACCAUGCAGUACUGUAAACAUUUGUAUUUUAAAUUAAUAUUCAUUUCCACAGUUGUUUGCUUUCACAACCAUAUGUUUACAUCACAAAAGAAAUGUGAAUUGGGUCUUUUCAUCAGUUUGCUUAAAGCAAAUGCAUAUAAAUAAAAGAAAGCAUAAGACUAAUUUCAUAUACACCUUGGGUCCUACAAAAUAAAAGUUCUAGCUUCUGA